GCUGCCCCUGAACGCAGCACGGGGACGCGCACAGCUGAGAGGAAAACAACGUGAGAAGCGGAUGAGGACAGAAAGAAACAAUGUGGACGGAGGAGAAGAAGAACCAGAGUGAAAGUUCAACCGUCGCAGGCCGAGACAGCUCGAAGAUGGGCGACCCGGAUCUGACAGGGCAGCUCUUCCAGGCAGUUCAGCAGAGAAACGGUUCGGCCGCAGCGGUCACUCUUCCCUCCAGCACAGAGGACCCUUCAACCACCAUCAGUGGGAUCAUCCCCGGUGCAAUCGCAGCCGCGGUGUUCAUCACUUUCUUACUCGCUCUCUACGCCGUCCUGUGGAAGUGCAUGGUGUCACCACCACAACGAAAGCACAGCAAGGUGAGGGUGAGACUGCAGCCGAGGAGCUCUGUGUGAACUCCGGCUCUCGGGCUCCUCUGUUCAGCAGCUUGUUUUGGAUCGUAAUGGUGCGGACUCAAAUCUGAGAGCAGACUUUGCCCCCCCCCCCCAGUCAGGGGAAAAAGCACCAGAGUGACAUUAUACCACUGAAGAGGAUCCUCCUAAUGGAUCCAAAGAUCAAACCACCCAGGUCUGACUGGACUGAGUGGAUGUGUCACCUGCGGCCCUCAGCUUCACUGUGGCUCCACGAUGACGUGAAACUCUUUUUAUCUCCAGGUCCCAUUGUUCAGCUUUUAGUUUCUUUCCUGUGGUUUUCUGUUGACUCGGCACUACUGAGGAACGACACAGCUCGCUCCACUGACCGACAAACUGUGCAUGACUGAGAGAGGCUGGAUAUUCAUUGUAUAUAUGUACAUAUUUUAUAGCUGCACCAAAUGGACAGUUGCCUUUUAAACCUGUCGUCCAUUCCUACCUUGUGUUUCUAAUGUAAUCACCAGGUUCCAUUUACAUCCAUUUUAUUCUCUUGUUUCUUAAAGAUCUAUUGGAAAAUCUCCUAAAGCUGUGAGGACGUCAAGGAGGGUUUGAGAUCUGUACUGUGGAAAUCUUUCACUUUAAAUUUGCUUUUAUGUUUUUCCUUUUUUAAUCCACAUUUAUUCAAUUUACUCAGGACGAUUUAACUACUGAAACUAUGACUCUAGAAUAAAAUGAGUGUGAAUAUAAAUGAACAGUAAGAACAGUGUCUGUAUCACCACUUGUUAAAAUCUCCAAUCAGACUCAAUCCUUUGUUUUUCUUUAGCUUCAUGGUCUUAAAUUAAAUGAUCUGGUCUCAAGACAUAUUUUUCACUCUUGAUAGAUUUAUGCAGAACUUUGUGCCGACUCAGCAGUAAACAGAUUAAGUGUCAGUGUGAAUAUAACAGGAAAGGAAUGCUCAUCUCUCAUCAACGAUAUCUGCUCAGACUCAAAAGGUUCAUGUGCUGCUCAGUCUCCUUGAAUCCAAAUGAUCAACAUGAUGAAAGGCACAGUGCUGCACGUGACCGUGGUCCCUCGGCCAAGUGGACACGUCCACAUCGAGGACACAGUUCAACUGUGGCUCAGUGUUUCACAGUCACAGCAGAGGUCGGACAUGUUUUCAGGACCAGUUCUGCAACUUAAAAAAUACAAAAAAACAGAACCUGGAUUGAACAGGGUUGAACAGGGUGAAGUAAUGAGCAGGGAAUGUAGUCUGGUGGAAAGAUUUCCUCAGAACACAGAAUGCUCAACAGAGAACUGAUCAUCCCUUAUGUCACCUGAAUCAUGAAAUCAUGAUCUUGUGGAAACUGAGCGCAACUGAAUGCAAAAAGUUGAAAAAGGAAAUUUCAGAUAAGAAGCUGCAGUUACACAGACUCUUUUACGACUGAGAUGUUCACCAACACUGGACAGCUGAAGAACGGAAAAUCCUCUGGUCUGGUGAAUCAGGAGGAAUGGGCAAUUCAGUGUAAACAACAAUUGGUGGUUGUGUUUCCUUGACUCACUUUGGGCACGUCCACCACGAUAAUGCACCAGGUCACCGUCUCAAACUGGUUCCAUGAACAUGACAAUGGUCAGCGAACUUCACCGGCUUUCCCAGUCACCAAAUCCCGGUUUAAAGUCUUUGGGGUGUGGUAGAACAGCAUCAUUCUAACCUGGUGACAAACCUGGAUCAUAUUGACACACAGUUGUGUUAUUGUUGGACAAAGGGGUGACACAGCAGCAACAGGUGAGGUGACUGAUUUCAUGUGUUUGAUAAUGAAGCUGCACAUGUAAGAAUUGUUACCUCACCGACUUCCACAGACUCAAAAUGAAUAAACCUGAUUAAUUAUGACACUGUUUAUAUUGUUGUUUUAUGGCCAAUUGUUUUAUGUUUUAUGUACAGUGCACCAACCACAGCAUGGCAAUUUCCUGUAUGUGCAAAUAUACUUGGCAAAUAAACUAAUUCUGAUUCUGA